AUGGUCCGUAAGUCCCCGGAGGUGAGCGAGUCGAGCACGAACCCGUGCCACAUCGCGGCCGAGGAGUACUUCGACCCGGCCUGCGACCUGGGCGAGCGCGACAUCGGCCGGCCGCGCCACACCGCCACCAAGACGCAGAGGCUCAAGGCGACGCUAUGGCUAUGCGAGGAAUAUCCGCUGAGCCUACAAGAGCAAGUGAUGCCCAUAGUGGACCUGAUGUCUAUACAUUCCACACAUUUUGCCAAACUAAAAGAGUUUAUUCAGAUGCAGCUGCCUUCAGGAUUCCCCGUCAAAAUAGAGAUCCCGCUCUUUCACGUGCUGACGGCGCGGAUCACGUUCGGCAACAUCUUCGCCGUGGACGAGCCGGUGCAGCACGUGUCCGUGAUCGAGGAGCCCGGCCGGCCGGCGUGCGUGGUGGACGAGGCCGUGUUCGAGCCGCCGGCGGGCUACCGCAGCGUCGGCUCGGGGGUGAUGCGCCACUUCGGGGGUCCGGACGAGGAGGACGAGCUGCUGCAGAUGGCCAUCCAGCAGAGCCUGCUCGACUCCGGCACCGAGAACGAACGGGUGGAUAUCUGGGAGGCGCUGCGGGCCGAGUCGUGCACGCCGCGCGGACACGCGGCGCCGGACCUGGACGAGCAGAUGCUGCAGAGGGCGAUUCAGCUGUCCCUGGCGUCCGACGGCGGCGGCGGCGGCCCCCGCGUGACUGGGCAGCUGAAGCGGCGACCGGCCACCUGGAGCAGUGACCGGCCAGCUGUAACAGUGACCAGACAGCUGGAGCAGUGA